AAGCGAAAUUGAGAGUGGAACUGUGGGAGGUAAAGAGAGAAGAACUGAGAAAGCUCCGGCCUAAGUCGGUUUCCGUCCGUUUUAGCCUUUUAGGGUUCUCAGUUCUCGUCAUUCUUGCGAUCGAAAGUUCAAAGAUCCCUGCAAACCAUUUUAAGUUUCGCAGUCAUACCGACUUGAGAGGGUUGCUGGAAAGAGUGAGCCUGCGGAAGGAGAACACAUUGAUGGAUGUUAUCAAGAUACAGCAGAUCUCGGCAAGGCCGAUUGAGAAGGUUAUAGUUCAUCCUCUCGUCCUUCUCAGUAUAGUCGAUAAUUACAACAGAGUCGCUAGGGAUACUCGGAAGCGAGUUAUUGGUGUCCUGCUCGGGAGCAUCUUGAAAGGAACUGUUGAUGUCACCAACAGCUAUGCAGUGCCCUUUGAAGAGGAUGAUAAGGACCCAAGCAUCUGGUUUCUUGACCACAACUACCAUGAAGCAAUGUUUUCCAUGUUCAAGAGAAUAAAUGCCAAGGAGCAUGUUGUUGGUUGGUACAGUACGGGUCCAAAACUGCGGGAAAAUGACUUGGAUAUUCACGGAUUGUUCCAUGACUAUGUUCCAAAUCCUCUCUUGGUAAUUAUUGAUGUCCAACCAAAGGAACUGGGAAUACCCACCAAAGCUUACUAUGCAGUUGAAGAGGUUAAGGAAAAUGCGACUCAGAAAAGCCAGAAGGUUUUUGUGCAUGUUCCUUCUGAAAUUGCUGCUCAUGAAGUAGAGGAAAUUGGAGUGGAGCAUUUGCUCAGGGAUGUCAAGGAUACAACAAUUAGCACCCUUGCAACAGAGGUUACAGGCAAACUUGCAGCUUUGAAGGGACUGGAUGCACGACUCCGAGAGAUACGUGCCUAUCUCGAUCUUGUUGUUGAUGGAAAAAUCCCCUUAAAUCAUGAGAUUCUGUACCAUCUACAGGAUGUAUUCAACCUUAUUCCGAAUCUCAAUGUGGCUGAGUUAAUCAAGGCUUUUGCAGUGAAAACAAAUGACAUGAUGUUGGUUAUUUAUCUAUCUUCUCUCAUCCGGAGUGUAAUUGCUCUCCAUAACCUGAUAAAUAACAAGAUGCUUAACAAAGAGCAUGAGAAAGUUGAAGAUGCAAAGCCAGCAACUAUUCCAGCUGCUGCUGGGAGCUGAAACAUGGUCCACCGUGCUCGUAGAUUUCCUCCCACCAUAGAGCUCAUGCUUCAGGUGCAAAGAGUGCCCUAUUGUGUUCCCCUGUAGAUUCACUGUCAUAUCUCAGCGGGACUUGAGGGAGCAUGGAUCUGAAUCUAUUAGUAGAUCCAUCACCCUCUUAGGUUUUCAUUUUCCUUUUAAAUUUCUAUGUAAUUAGGUUAUGCUUGUACUGAUUCUCCCCAUUGGUGUGGUGGGAGAGAUUCCUCCCGCAUUGGCAGUGUGGACAACGCUUUCCCUUUUUUAUUUUAUUAUUUUAUUUAACUAUAUAUCCCAUAUACAUACACUCCACUAGUAAUAUGCAUUCGCUUA